UGUGUCAUACUAAAGUUAAAUUUUUUCACAGUCAGUCCAACAACGUACAGCGAAGGGAUAUCCAUGAUGGAGAGGCAAUUUCUCUUCUGCCUGGUGCUUUUGGCAAUACCAGCACUGACAGUCCAACAAGCGUGCCCGGAUGGGUAUGACGAGGUGGACGGAAGGUGUUUCUUCAUCUCCAACGUGGAGAGAAGCUUCGAACAGGCAAAGUACGACUGUAUGUACAGAGGAGGUGGCUCGCUGGUCACCAUCGAUAACGCCGAAGACAGGGAAGACGCAAUGGAGGGAAGUAGCGGACCUGUACCAUACUGGGUCAGUCAGGAAAGUCUAGAUGUGGAUUUCAACAGCGAUGCUGCGGAUUUGAACUGUUACAUCUGUGAAGCCCCUCCGGUAUGCCUUACGCCACCUCCUCAACCCAUCGACUUUGAUUACGGAGCUGCAGUUCAGGCGUUCAACGAUUUCUCUUCACUCCUGAGCAUGUACGAGAGCAUAGAGCUUUCGUUGGACACCUUCAUGGAUGAUCUGGGUCUGUACCAAGACUAUGACGGCACCCCACUCGCCAACUUGCCCAAUCUCGGUAACAUGGAAAUCAUGCCCGAGCAGUGGGCUCUCACCUACAGCCAGGUCCGGGGCGUCAUCACCAGACUGUCCCUACCAGAAACCGCCAACUUUGACCCGAGUGUUGGGUUACCAGCCGAGCUGUCAAGCUCCAUCAUGCCUGUUCUCCAACAGAACCUCGGGUUGUUCUACAGUCGGCACCUGUCAAACCUGGAAACGAGUUAUGCCAACUCGCGCAACGACGUGGUGUUUGAUGAAGCCACCUACGGACCGAACGCCGUCUGCCCCUACCCCCCGCGCACAGACCUGGGGGGUGGAUUCGCCCUAGAGCGCUUCGGGCCCACCCCUUGCCGUAUCUCCCGUGAGUUCGAAGUCACAGACCCGGUCACAGCCAGAAUCAUAGGCAUUCUUGUUGGCACUGACAUUAUCUAUUAUAGUGAUGGGUCUGUUGUCGUUGCGACAACCAUCCUCAUUGUAAGUCGCAGAUAAAUAAAUGGCCACAGACCCGACAUAAAGGAUUAACAGACACAAGCGGACCAUGUCAAUUUGGGGGGGGGGUAUACAAAUGUAUCUGCAAGCUCAGUUCAACAGGAACGUCUGUUACAAAAUCAACCAAAAAAUGAAAUCAACAAGAUUAACCAAACAUAACGUUGUUAAACUUCAAUAGAGACCAAGAAAGAAAGAAAGAAACACCUUAUAAGUUAUAGGCCUGUAACUGAAUGGCCAUACAUAUACAUGUAGUGCCAAACUGCAAAUGGGUGCCAAUGGUUGAUAACUGCUAAAGCUCAAAUUGAAAUUGUUUACCCAAAGCAAUGGGGACUAAAGCCUACACUCAUACAAAUUGAUGUGAAAAUAUACAAAAACAUACUCCAAAAGA